AUGGCCCAACCUGUCUCUUGUUGCUUGCCUAAGUUUGGCACGAGAGCUCAUGGGCCAAGGCGGCCUGCUUCGUUGAGGAUCCGGACGAGUUCUUCCCAGACUCUCCAGUUGCUGGCCGCUUGGGACCAAUCCGAGUUAGAUUCUUUACUCAAGGCCUCUUGGGCCUUGCUUCUUCAUCGUUAUACUGGCCUAGAGGACAUCUGCUUUGGUUACCAACCGAUUGGAGUCGAUGCCGGUCCCCGCGAUACUGUUCCUUCUUUCGAUACCCAUAAUAAUAUUCCCUUAACUUUUAAUCUGACCAUCACCGAGGACGACUCUGUCCAUGCCAUUUUGCGCAACACGAAGCAGCAGAAUGACGCUGAAAAAUGCGGAAAUUCAAGCUCGAGUUGCCACAGUUAUACCCUGUGCAAUACCCUUUUAAUGCUGCGCAACUGUCGCAGUGUUACGAAAGACCCCAGAGCCCCUCUUGUGCAACCGGCCUUGGCAAUUCCCUUGCCCGAAAAGUGCCGCGUUCGACUGCACGUCAAAGUCCUGCAAAAGGAUGUCGGUAUCUUCUUUGAAUGGUGGAACAAUGACAUGUCCACUGAGCAUAUGAAGAGCGUUGCCGACUACUUCGAGCAGAUACUUUCACGCUUACUCUCGGCAGAAGACACCGCCGCGAGGGACCUGAACCAUUUCUCGGAUCGAGAUUGGUCCAGAGUCUGCAAAUUCAACUCUACCACCCCUCAGGCACAUGACCGCUGCAUACACGAGGUCAUUCAUGAGCAAGUCCUGGCUCGCCCCGAAAGCGAAGCAGUUUGUGCGUGGGAUGGAAGUUUGACCUACCAAGAUCUAGAUGUUCUGUCAUCUCAACUUGCUCAUCACCUUCACGCACACGGAGUCGGUCCUGAAACAUGUGUCGCUCUGUGCUUCAACAAAUCAAAAUGGAAUGUAGUGGCAAUGCUGGGUGUUUUGAAAGCUGGCGGUGCUUUCGUCCCCCUUGAUCCAACACAUCCAACCUCUCGCUUACAAUCGUUGGUGCGCGCUGUAAAAGCCAAGAUCAUGCUUUGCUCUAGAGAUCGGGUAGGAGAUUUGUCCGGAGUAGCGGAGAUGAUAAUACCUCUGGACCAGGCCACCAUAGACGAAAUCUCCCUUCCAGCUGAAGACAUCCCUCAAUUGCCGGAUGUACGAGGUCACAAUGCAGCCUACGUGAUAUUCACUUCUGGAUCAACAGGAGAACCAAAGGGUACCAUGCUCGAGCACAGAGCCUAUGUAUCCGGAGCCGCUGCCCAUGCUGGGCCGCACCAUAUGUUUUCGACUUCGCGUGUCUUGCAGUUUGCGGCGCACACAUUCGAUGCCAGCCUUGUCGAGAUAUUGACUACCUUGUUGCAAGGCGGCUGCGUCUGUAUCCCGAGUGAAGAAGAACGCUUGAGUGACAUAGUCAAGGUCAUCAACGAAAUGAACGUAAAUCAUGCCAUCUUGACACCUUCCUUCGUCGAAUUCGUUGAAGCUGCGCAAGUCCCAGGCCUUGAGACCUUGAUUCUGGCUGGAGAGGCAAUGUCGCAAGGUCAACUGGAAACAUGGUCGUCCGCCCUCCACCUUAUCAACGCCUAUGGUCCCACAGAAAGUUCUGUCGCCGCUGUUGUGAAUGACAAAGUCACACCUUCUUCUGAUUGUCGGGAUAUUGGACUCCCCGUGGGCGUACGUUGCUGGGUUGUAGACCCGAGCAAUCAUGACCAAUUAGUACCGGUGGGUUGUCCGGGAGAACUACUGCUCGAGGGACCGACACUCGCCCGAUGCUAUCUCAACAAUCCACAGAAGACGAGUGAAGCAUUCAUCCAUAAUCCAGCCUGGAUGAGAAGGGACGGUAUCGAUGAUGGUAGCCGGAGAGUGUAUAAGACGGGUGAUUUGGUAAGAUACAACUCCGACUAUGGCUCACUGACGUAUAUAGGAAGAAAGGACACACAGGUGAAGUUUCACGGACAGAGACUCGAGCUGGGUGAGAUAGAAAACCAGCUGGCUGCCGACCCAAUUGUCACACAUUGUCUAGCUUUCCUUUCAAAAACAGGUUUCUCUGCAGGCAAAUUGGUGGCGGUCAUAUCCUUAUCUGUUCACUUCGAAUCCCAAACGGAAUCUAACGCAGCACCACUCAAGCUCCUCGAUGCAUCGAAGAAGACCUCUAUCGUUGCAGAAGUCCGCGAGAGAUUAUCAGCCAAGCUACCAACUUACAUGGUACCUUCUGUUUGGCUAUGUGUGGAGGCAUUACCGUUGCUUCCAUCUGGGAAGCUGGACAGAAAAGCGACUGCAAGAUGGAUUGGAGAUAUGGAACGAGACCCGUAUGCCCAAGCUAUAAGCGCCCGGCCUUUGCCUGCGGAUAAAGCCACGCUUCCUUCAAGUGCCACGGAGGACAAACUUGCUGCGAUCUGGAGCCGGGUUCUCAAUAUUCCUCGAAGCCAACUUGCUCUCGAUGAGGGCUUUUUGAGUCUUGGUGGAGACUCUAUUGCCGCCAUAACGUGUCUCGGGUAUUGCAAGAAGCAAGGAAUGGGCUUGACGGUACAAGAGGUACUUCAUAGCAAGUCAAUCAAGGAGCUGGCUACUCGGGUUAAACAGAUCGAUCAGUCUGUUGUCUACGAAGAAAAGAUUGAUGAGCCGUUUGACCUUUCACCAAUCCAGAAGCUUCACUUUAUGGUCCGGAACGAGGGCCAAGGCCAUUUCAACCAAAGCAUUCUCACGCGUCUGAAUCGAGAUAUUGAUGAGCAUAAUAUGCGACGCGCAAUUGAGACCAUCAUUAGUCGUCAUUCAAUGCUCCGUUCCCGCCUGGUCGAGUCACUUGUUGAGGGGAAAAUGCGGCAACGAAUCACCCAAGAUGUAGCAGGGUCUUACCGCUGGCGGUCUCACAACAACAGCAGCCGAAGCGAGGUCGACCAUGCCAUCUCAAACAGCCAGUCAUGCAUCGAUGCCUUCCUUGGUCCCGUACUUGCAGUCGAUAUCUUCUAUGGAAAUGACAAUUCUCGCCUGCUGUCAUUAGUUGCCCAUCACAUGGUAGUCGACAUUGUUUCGUGGAGGAUUAUAUUGGAAGACCUGGAAGACCUACUGAUGAACCCUGAUCAACCAACAUCACAGAAUGGCUCCCUUCCGUUUCAGAACUGGUGCCAAAUUCAAGCAGAUCGUUGUCAAGAAGCGACAGAAGAACGGGCCAGGACUUUGCCCGAAGUUCCCGCACCCGAUUUUGCUUACUGGGGACUAGAUAACCACAGAACGACCUAUGGAGAUGUGGAUUGUGAAACGUUUGAUCUUGAUAGUGAUGUUACUCGUCAGAUUCUGACUGGGUGCCACCAAAGUCUUCAAACGGAGCCAAUCGAUCUUUUACUGGCAGCUUUGCUACAUUCGUUUGGCGAAACAUUCAAAGACCGAUCAUUGCCAGUUAUCUACAAUGAGGGACAUGGGCGAGAAGUCUGGGAUUCAUCAAUAGACAUCUCUCGCACUAUCGGCUGGUUUACCACAUUGUAUCCCAUUCUUCUAUCGGAUCUUCCUGCAAAAGAUCCAAUUCAAACGGUUGUACGUGUCAAGGACUUGCGACGUUGUGUUCCGGAUAAUGGUCGACAUGAUUUUGCUCGUCGUAUGUUGGUUCCACGCAAAGAUGGGACCUGCCGGCACCAUAGCCCAAUGGAGAUGUCUUUCAAUUACGUUGGCCAGCAUCGUGACUUGCAGAGAAAGGAUGGGCUCUUCCAGCUUAUGGACCAGAUGGCUGGAGAAACAGGCCGCGGAGGCGCAGCGGCUGACUUUGGUGAAGACACUCCUCGCUUUGCACUGUUCGAGAUAUCUGCAAUGGUUGUACAGGAUCAACUUCGCUUCAUAUUCUCGUUCAAUAGGAACAUGCAGCAUCAGAGAGGUAUCCGAGAUUGGGUGAGGUGCUGCGAAAAAUUGCUGGCAUCCCUGGGCGAGCACUUACAGACCUUCCCACCGAAACCAACGCUGAGCAGUUUCCCCAUGUUAACAAUGACAUAUACCGAACUCGAUGCGAUGGUUUCGAAAAAGCUACCAGAUGCCGGUAUUCAAAGCCUUGAUGAUGUUGAGGACAUCUACCCUUGCUCCAGAAUGCAGCAGGGUAUUCUACUCAGUCGCUCUCGCGAUAGCUCACUCUACGCUGUACAUGACACAUUCGAGAUAUCUGGUUCAGGAAGCACACCCGACAUCAACCGAUUGACACUUUCCUGGCAGAAAGUCGUUGCUCACCAUGCAAUGCUACGGACUAUAUUUUUGGAGGGGCUGAGCAGCCAUGAUCUACAUUGUCAAGUGGUACUCAAGACCUUUGAUUCCCGCCCAACUUACGUCGCCUGUGAUAAUGAAAGCGAAGUGCUAUCUACAUUUGACAAACAGCAACCGAUGAACUACGAUAACAAUGUACCACCUCAUCGGCUUACAAUCUGCCAGACGACUUCUGGGAAGUUGUUUUGUCGGCUGGAGCUGAACCAUGUCGCCAUGGAUGGCGCAUCAAUCUCCAUCAUCCUUCGCGACCUGCAGUUGGCAUAUCAAGGAAAGCUCGAAGAACCAAAGCCAAAAUUUAAAGAGUAUAUACGCUAUCUUCGUGAAGUUCCUCAAGCCACAAGUCUUGACUACUGGCACAGUUACCUCUUGGAAGCCCAACCGUGCCAUUUCCCUGUGCUGAAUGAUGGAAAAGGCUCUGUAAGGCAACUUCGGACCAAGAGACUGGGCUAUGUGCCCUUCAAAGAGCUUCGAAACAUCUGCGAUAAAAAUGGUCUGACUUUACCGACUGCCUUUAGUGCUGCAUGGGGAUUGACAGUUCGCUCUUUCUGUGGAUCGGAAGACGUCUCCUUCACCUAUCUUGCAUCACUGAGAGAUGUCCCAGUAGAGGGCGUUGAGUCUGUUGUUGGGCCUGUCAUCAAUACACUGACUUGCCGUAUACUGUUUGCCAAAGGAACGUCACUGAAGGAGAUCCUCGCAAAGGUUCAACAGGAUAACCUAGACAACUUGCCGCACAGGCAUAUCUCGCUCACGGAGAUCCAACAAGCUUUGGGACUGACGGCCUCAUUGGCUAAUAGUGGUAUUUCUUACCGAAAGCUACCCAGCCAGAAUACUUUGUCAAGCGAGGAGAUACAAUUUUCUGAAGUCGGAACAAUUCACGAUCCAGCAGAGUCGCCCAUUUUCGUCAAUGUUGAAGCUACGGAAGACGACGCACGUAUCGACCUUAACUACUGGACAGACCACCUGUCAGACGGGCAAGCAGAUAAUGUCGCGAGCACAUUCCUCAAAUCGAUUGAAAAUAUUGUGCACCACUUUGAGGAUGACGCCUAUUCAAUUGACAACUUUAGUGACGCGAACAAACAGAGCCUAACGCUCUGGAAUAGCGGGAUUCCAGAGUCCGUUGACAAAUGCAUUCACGAGAUAGUCGAAGAGUGUUCGAAGUCUCAUCCUCAUGCCAUGGCAAUUUCCGCUUGGGAUGGGAAUCUCACUUAUGCUAAGCUCAAUGAAUUGUCAUCGAUACUUGCAGGGUACUUGACAACCCUGGGGGUGGGCCCUGGAACAAUCGUGCCCCUCGAUCUCGCUAGAUCCUCCUGGCAGAUUGUAGCCAUCUUGGCAGUGAUGAAGACUGGGGGUGUAUGUGUCCCGGUAGACCCAGCCCGACUUCCACAACACUUCGAGACUUGGCUCGUCGACAACGAGAUACAGGUUGCCCUAGCAUCCCCGAAUCAAAUGCAGCUACUCGAAGGGGCAGUUCCGUAUGUUAUCUCUGUAGAGAGCUCCCUAUUUGAAUAUCUUCCAGAGAGCGAGGAAGUUUCAAGCUCAACGAUUCAGCCAUGCAGCGAUGGAUAUAUCGUGUUCAGCGCUGCGAGUCCCAAGUGCAUCCUGCUUGACCAUCGUGCAAUGACAACUCGGGCAAGCAUGUUCGCUUCAGGUCUUGGACUAAAUGCGCAAACGAAGAUGCUCCAACAUUCUCCCUAUACAUCUGACAUGUUCCUUCAGGAAGUCUUCGGCACGUUUCUGUGCAGUGGGACUAUCUGCAUUCCUUCCGAUGAAGGCUUGGCAGACCUAUCGAAAGCUAUCAAGACAAUGCAGGCGAACUGCAUCAGCAUCACACCCACAAAGGCGAUGACUUUAAGCUCCACAGACAAUCUAGGAUUAGAAAUCCUUGCUUUAUGGGGAGAACACCCGACUAAGAAGCUUCUUGCCACCUUGCCUGAAGAAGUUCAAGUGCGCGUCUUCUAUGGAACCCCAGAAUGUUCGUCAUCUUGCAUUCAAUCCUCUCAGCUUGACAGAUCAGACGAACUGUCAAUCAUUGGGUCAAGCUUUGGAUGUAAAUCUUGGCUUGUAGAUCCCUCCGACCACAAUGCCUUGGUUCCAGUAGGCUGUGUCGGCGAAUUGAUGAUAGAAGGCCCAAGUCUUUCUCGAGGUUACUAUCAAAAUGCAGAACUCACGCAGCAAAAUUUUAUCGAAGAACCCUCAUGGAGACUGGCUUACGAAUCACUGCCAGCAUCAGACAAAGAUGAAAAUUCGGAGGGCCAGAAGCCGUCCUAUCGAUUGUUCAAGACUGGAGAUCUUGCUCGCUACAACUCCGACGGCACUCUAGUUUACGUUGGUAAGAAGGAGAAGGGAUUGCAUUGGCAGCGACAGACAGCAGCCAUGCACGUCGAAGAGCAAAUCGCAUCUCUCUCAUCUUCCAAUGUCCAGUAUGUCGUGGAGGAGAUCAGUAAGCGCAACAACGACUCCCGCGAAUCGUCCCUAGCCGUCUUCUUCUCUGAUGAGACCACCGGCUUUGAGGCAAACCACGAGCCUAUCGUACAAUUGACACCUGAGCUGCACGACUCGAUGAUCAAAUUGUAUACCAAGUUGAUGAGCUCCUUGCCAGCGAAGGAUGUCCCAAGCUUGUAUUUCCCGACAUCCAGCAUACCGCUGAAUUCGUUCGGCAAGCUGGACCGCCAGUUGUUAAGAAAUGCCGCUCAAGACUUGCCAGAAACCUUGUUGUCCAAAUAUGACAUCAAGCGCUUUGACAGAUUCUGGAAAGGGCAGCUAGCUAGACUGGCGGCUUCGCCAGUUUUCCCGUCACCUGGUGAUUCCUCGUCUCUGCGGAGCACACCGGUCAUCAAGCAAGCAACAAGAACCAUGCAGGUGUUCUGGUGUAAUACAAUCAAGUCAAUGACUGGAGGUACACGAUGCGCUAUUCUUUCUGCAUGGGCUCUUACUGUUCGCGGCUAUACCGGCUCCCGGGAUAUCGUUUUUGGGGAGUCGCUGUCAAAUGUUGAAUCGGUCUUCACUGAGCGUCAGGACAAUCAUACGCAGGCCACAACUAUCGUUCCCCGUCGCUUCCACUUCAACGAAGAAUGGACCGUUAAUGAGUUGCUGAGUAUGGUGAAGAAUCAGCUGGAUGCAGCUAAGCCCUACCAGUGGGCUGGAAUAAGUCAAAUCCAGAACCUGAACGCUGAUACGGCACGCGCCUGUGAUUUCAUGAACUUGAUCUCGAUUACGGACUAUUGUGGCCAUGGACCAAGGCCAGUACCCUCGCAGCAGCAGGGCAGCACUCUUCCCAGUUAUCCUUUGGUCAUUGAUUGCUUCCUUGAAGAUGCGACAUUCGAACUUGUGCUUAGAUACGAUGACAGCACCCUAACAGCUGCUCAGACCGAACGACUGGUUGCCCAAUUCUUCGCUUGUCUUGAAAUUCUCAAUUCCGAAGCCAGUAUGAACAAGACAAUUGGUGCCUUGUCCAGGGACAACAUGGACUUCUGCACCUUCCGCCAUGAUGUUUCCUACUGGAAGAACUACUUGGAAGAUGUUGAAGCUUGUCUUUUCCCAGCACUACGUGCAGAUGCGGAGCAGAAUACUCAUGCUGAGACCCAGAUGAUACUCCAGAACACGGAAGGUCUGCGUGAUUUAUGUGAACGUGCACGUGUUAGCCAAAGCUCUCUUCUUCAGCUUGUCUGGGGUUUGGUUCUGCGAUGCUACACAGGCCUACAAGACGUGUGCUUCGGAUAUCAUAUCUCUGGUGCAAGCGACAAAUCUGCCAAGCCUGGCAUUGCGAAUGAACCAGGUGUCUCGGAUACAUUCCCUUGCAGAAUGCUCUUGAAGGGAGAUCUAAAGGUUGCGGACAUUUUGCGCGAGCGAUUGCGUGGAUUGAAACAUAUGCAGCAGCAUCAGUUGCCAUGGGCUGAAGUCCAGCACGAGCUGGGGUAUGGCGACAGCGACAUUUUCAAUACCGUUUUCACUUACUCAGAACCAUCAAGUGACGAAUCGAACCUGGCUGGUCUCACUGGUAUUGAUUCGAGCAAGUAUCUGAUUGCUGUCAACGCCAGUCUAGCAGGAUCAUCAGGAGCCAUUAGGUUCGGUUAUCAAAGGAAACACUUCUCAGAUGCUGAUAUGGAGGGUGUUAUCGAUUGUUUCAAAAAUGUUUUGGAACAAUUACUCCGGCCCUCUUUUUCAGAUCUCUUGGUAGGCGAGAUUGACUUUAUGAAUGAGCUUUCCUGCCAGAAGAUAUCUGAGUGGAACUCGGCGUUGCCCGAUCGUCCAGUGCUAUGCGCACAUGAACUCAUCCAACAGCAAGCUUUGCAUCGUGCUUCAGCCCCUGCAAUCUGCUCAUGGGAUGGCAACUUCACACACGCACAACUUGACAGAUUGUCAACCCUACUAGCAAACCAGCUGAUAGGCUUGGGGGUCAAGCCCGACGUCUUUGUUGCCUUGUGUUUUGAAAAAUCGGCAUGGGCAAUUGUCGCCCAGGUUGCUGUUUUGAAAGCCGGAGGAGCUUUUGCUUCAUUGGAUCCUGCUCACCCAGAAAGCCGCCUACAAGGCAUGGUCGAUGAUCUUGGUGCUCAGGUUAUUCUCUGUUCUGAGACCCACUACGAGAAAGCCACCAGCAUCUGUCGUCGCGCACUGAUUGUUAGCAAUAGCGCACUUGACAAACUUCGUCAUUCACCUCUUGCUGCUGCAGCCCAAGGGGUAACGGCAAAUAAUGCGGCCUAUGCCAUAUUCACAUCAGGAACCACAGGGAAACCAAAGGUGACAGUCCUUGAGCAUGUUGGACUUACCCUAGCCUGCACAGAGUUUUCCAAGGCUCUCUUCAUGAAUUCCGACACUCGUGCUCUGCAAUUCUCAAGCUACACCUUUGACGUCAGUAUAUUGGAAACAAUCAUCGCACUUGCUGUUGGUGGCUGUAUCUGUAUCCCUAGCGAAGAAGAGCGCAUGAACAACCUUUCUGGAGCCAUCAGAAAUAUGAGCGCCAACUUCAUGAGCUGCACUCCAUCUAUAGUCAAUACCCUGGAUCCCAAUCUUGUUCCUUCUUUGCGAACGAUAGUCCUAGGAGGUGAAAAGAUGACAGCAAGCCAUUUCGAGCGAUGGGCCGACAGGUGUGUUAUAAACGCCUACGGUCCGUCCGAGGCUACUGUCAUGUUCACGGCAAGCACAAAAUCCGACCAUACGGGAGUACGCCUUACGGAUGACUAUGGCUGUAUUGGCACGGCUGUUUGUGGCAGAACAUGGAUUGUUGAUCCUCAAGAUUACAAUCGUCUGGUCCCUAUCGGUGCACCUGGAGAGCUCGUUCUUGAGGGAUGCACCGUUGCUCGUGGGUACCUCAAUAAUGACGAAAAAACCAAGGCUGUCUUCGUCCAGAACCCAGAGUGGACAAAACGUGAUGGGCUACAGCAUAUAUUGAGACGCAAAGAACGGAUGUAUCGUACAGGGGAUCUAGUGCGCUACAACUCCGACGGCUCGCUUGCCUUCAUCUCGCGAAUUGACACGCAAGUGAAAUUGAACGGUGUGCGUAUCGAACUGGAAGAGGUUGAGCAACAAUGCCUCAACUAUCUUUCGACAGACACUCAGGUCGCCGUCGAGGUCGUUAACCCAGAAGCCAAAACAAUAUCGAAAUGCUUGGCGGCCUUCUUCACUAUCAAUGAACACCAUACGGAAGAGAUGGAAAGUGGUGAGUUGAUUCUGCCAAUGUCGGAGUCCGUAGUUGGCAUGGUCAAGAAGCUACACGGUUCCCUAAGCGCCUCAUUGCCACUAGCUAUGGUACCCAAGCUUUACUUCCCCAUGCGGCGCCUGCCGUUUGGAAGCACUGGCAAAACUGAUCGCAAAGCUCUUCGAGCAAUGGUCGAUAAAUUCACCAAGGAACGUUUGAGGCCAUAUGUUAUCUUCAAUGUUGGCGCAGAAGACCGCUCCGAUGUGGGAACGGAAGGAACAGAGGGCGUUCUCAGAACGCUAUGGGAGGAUGUCCUUAAUCUUGCGCCAGGUUCUAUCAAUGCCGAAGACAACUUCUUCGGCUUGGGUGGCGACUCAUUUUCUGCCAUGAAACUAGUCGUAGCCGCGGCAUCUCAAGAGAUUUCACUCGCAGUGGCCGACAUAUACCGAACCUCUAUCUUCAAAGACAUGGCAAAGAGAUGUGGAGCGGGUGAGGCACAAUCUGGCGUACCAACAGUGGACUCAUUCAGCAUGCUGCCCGAAUCUCUUUCGCGCGAGGAUAUUCUGGAGGAAGUAUCUGAUCAAUGUGGUGUGCCUACGGAGCGAAUUGCGGACAUCUACCCCUGUAGUCCGGUGCAAGAGGGUCUGGUCACACUCUCUAUCAAGCAACCCGGAGCCUAUGUCGCUCGGCCUGUGUUCCAGCUUGCAGAGGGCGCUGACCUUGAGAAGUUCAAAGCUGCAUGGCAGAAGGUGGUUGAUGAAAUGGAUAUUCUACGAACUCGCAUAGUACACACCGAGUCCGCCAACUUUGUCCAGGCAGUGGUCACUGAUGCCCCUAUUUCCUGGGAAAUGGCGACAGAGUUGGAGGAUCUGACAAACGAUACCAUCGACUUAGCCAAGAACAACGGAGGUUUGCUCACUGGAUAUGCCAUUGUUGAGACUGGACUCUCGCGUUCCUUUGUCUGGACCAUACAUCACGCUCUUUAUGAUGGAUGGAGUGUGUCCCAGAUCCUUCAGAGAGUUGAGGAGAUAUACUCGGGCACCACAAAGCCCAGCUCGACGCUUCCUUACAAGCUUUUCAUCAAUCACCUGGUCCAGCAAGAGGCUCACACCUCGGACGAAUUCUGGAAGACGCACCUCGCAGCCCUGUCUUCAAGCCCUUUCCCCCAGAACAAGCCGUCACCUGAUGCCAUUCGCAUUGGUAAUCGGCAUUACAGCUCACUCAAGAUCUUUCGUCCAUCUAGUGGAGCUAAGUUAACCGUCCCCGAGACGAUACGAGCUGCUUGGGCGCUAAUUGUUGCCGUCCACACCGGAUCCGGUGAUGUUUGCUUCGCCGAAACCCUCAUGGGUAGAAAUAUUGAUAUGCCUGGCGCUAUGGAAGUUGCAGGCCCUCUUUUGACUACGGUGCCCAUACGCAUGGCUGUCGACAACGAGCUCCCUAUCAUUCAAUACCUUGACACUGUGCGCCAGCUGACCACAAAGAUGCUGCCACAUCAACAUUCUGGGCUCCAGAGAAUCCGCAAGUUAAGCAGCGAUACCGCCCUUGCUUGCGAGUCCCAGAAUCUGCUGGUUAUCCAAUCAGAACAGGCCCAUUCGAACGCAAGUAUCUGGGAGCAAAAGAACAACCUCACUGAAGGUGAAUUUUUCACCCACCCAAUUGUUGUUGAAUGCAAGGUCGACGACUCGCAGGUGGCCGUAACCCUUCAUCACGAUGAACUUGUUUUCGACAGUUGGCAGGCCAAGAUGCUCAUAGAACAGUUUACUUUCGUUCUGGGUCAACUGUUGUCUAUCUCCAAUGAGGAAUCCAGAAAGAUUGGAGAGCUAGAGAUUUCCAGUCCGCGCGAUAAGGAAGAAAUUGCUUCCUGGAAUGAGAGAAGCCUAACUUGCAUAAACAGAUGUGUUCAUCAUAUCAUUGAGGAGAAAGCAUCCCUACGACCCCAGGCUCAAGCUGUCUGCUCUUGGGAUGGACAGCUAUCUUACCAGGAGCUUUACCAGCUUGCUUCUUCGUUUGCAGCUUACUUGAGAACCCGUGGCGUCGGCCCGGAGACUCUGGUUCCGAUCUGUAUGGACAAGUCUAUGUGGGCUAUUGUCACAAUACUUGGUGUUCUCAUUGCGGGUGGAGGAUAUGUUCCCCUUGACCCUGCUCAUCCAACGUCAAGACACAAGGAGAUUCUGACUGAGGUCGAAGCUCGUGUCGUUCUCUGUUCUCCCAAGUAUCAAAACCGGUACUCUGGUUCUGUGAAAGCAAUCAUUCCUGUUAGCAGAGAGACGAUCAAGGCGUAUUGUGCCCUUAAAGCGACAACCACCAAGGUCACCAACAGCGCUACACCCGAAAACGUUGCAUUCGCUAUCUUCACCUCCGGCAGCACUGGUCGUGCUAAGGGUAUCAUCAUCAACCACAAGGCCCUCGCCAGCAGCGGCAUGGCAUUCGGACCCAUGGUGCACCUUAACGAGAAUUCUCGAGCUUUCCAAUUUGCCUCUCUUACUUUCGAUGCUGCUGUCAUGGAAACACUUGUCGCCUUGAUGCAUGGCGGUUGCGUGUGCAUUCCAAGCGAAGAUGAACGCUUGAAUGAUGUUGCUGGUGCUAUUCGUCGGAUGAAUGUCUCUUGGUCAUUCUUGACUCCAUCCAUAGCCAGUAUCAUCGAGCCUUCGUCCGUUCCAUCUCUAAAGGAUCUUGUGUGUGGUGGAGAAAAGAUGUCGCGCGAAGUCAUCACUAAAUGGGCGCAUCGGGUAAACCUGAUGAAUGGUUACGGACCAACUGAAACCACUAUCUUCGCGGUAAUUAACACGGAUGUUGCCGCCAAUCCGGACCCUGCCUGUAUCGGCCAUGGCAUUCCUUGCACUCUAACCUGGGUUGUCGAUCCUGAUGACCACAAUAAACUGACUCCUCUAGGGGCUGUUGGUGAACUGGCCUUGGAAGGCCCUGCACUUGCUAGGGAGUACCUAAAGAACCCCAAGAAGACAGCAGAGGCUUUCGUGGACGAGCCGGAGUGGAUAAAAGACUUUCCCAGUGACUUGCCUUCACCGAGAAGGAUUUACAAGACUGGAGAUCUCGUUAGAUACAACUCUGACGGUUCCAUUCAAUACAUAAGCCGCAAGGAUCAUCAAGUCAAGCUUCACGGUCAGCGCAUGGAGCUUGGAGAGAUUGAGCACAGACUAUAUGAGGACCCGCGAGUCCGCCACGCCGUGGUUCUACUGCCAACGACAGGACCUCUCAAGCAGCGGCUGGUCACUGUUCUGUCACUGAACUCUGUGACUUCAGAGAGAAGCAUUAUUACAGACAACGCAUGUGAGCUUGUUGAACGGAGUGGCUCUACACGGUCAGCCUACCAGGAGCUCGUUGCUAUCCAGAAGAGCUUGGAGACUCAGCUACCAAUCUACAUGGUACCACAAGCUUGGGCUCUAAUCAAGCAGCUCCCGAUGCUCGUCUCUGGCAAGCUAGACAGAAAGCGAAUCACAGCUUGGCUGGAAAAUGUUGAUGAUGCUGCUUACGAUCGCAUAAUGGAGGAUUACGACAACAUAAAGCGUGGUGAUGUCGAGCAAGAAGAGGAGAAAGGAGAUGACCAAGAGACUUCUGUCAAGCUUCUUCAGGAAGUCUUCUCCCAGGUCCUCAACCUACCAUCUCACAAGGUGGGCUUGGACAGGUCAUUUGUGAGCCUAGGUGGUGAUAGCAUCACUGGAAUGGCUGUGAUAUCCCGAGCACGUAAACAUGGAAUCACGCUGACCCUCCACAAUGUGCUUCAGUCGAAGUCGAUAAAGGAGCUUGCUCUGGCCGCUCAGACAAGCGUCAAGACUGUUAAAAGAGAGGAGAAGUCCAAUGAGCACUUCGAACUGUCCCCGAUACAGGGAAUGUUCGUUCGAACAGCAAAGGAUUUCCGGGAUUCUUCUCGCUUUAACCAAAGCAUGACAGUGCGCGUAACGCGUAAGGUCGAGCCAACGAGGAUGCAAAGUGCCAUAAAGGCUGUUGUUGAGCAGCACUCCAUGUUCCGAGCACGAUUGUUCAAGUCUCGCGAUGGAAAGUGGAAACAGAAGAUUAAUGAUGACGUGGAUGCCUCAUAUCGCUUCCGUCACCAUAUGGUCGAAAGUGAAAAUACAAUUCUGCCCAAGAUCGCCGAGAGUCAACGGUCUGUAAAUGUUCAACAUGGGCCUAUCAUUGCUGCAGACAUGUUCGAAGUACGCAGCGGUGUCACGAUACUUUUCCUGGUGGCCAGUCAUCUGUGUGUAGACAUGGUGUCCUGGCGUAUUGUCCUCCAGGACAUUCAAGACUUCCUCGAUGCUGGAUCAUUGUCCCCGGAGAAGCCCCUGUCAUUCCAGGCUUGGUGCAAUCUACAACUUGAAGAGAGCAAGAAACAGACUGGCAGAGUCCAGCUGCCAUUCUCUAUUCAGCCUCCUGACCUGAGUUACUGGGGCAUGGCGCAGUCCCAGAACCUCUAUGGUGAUGUCAAAAUGGAAGGGUUCACGCUGGAUGCCGCAGUCACGACACAAAUCCUCGCGGCCUGCAACAAGGUUCUUCGCACCGAGGCCAUUGAAGUCAUACUCUCCGCUGUUAUCCACUCUUUUCACCGCACGUUUACUGAUAGAGCGAUGCCGACUAUUUACAACGAGAGCCACGGUCGUGAGGCGUGGGACAGCUCCAUCGAUCUCUCAAGAACGGUGGGCUGGUUCACAACUAUGUGUCCACUGCAUGUUGGUGAUGGGUCAGAUUUACUGGACACCUUGAAGCGUGUCAAAGACACAAGGCGUCAUCUUAGCAGUAAGAGCCAGUCAUACUUCGCGGAAAGCCUGCUUAAUCCGGAAGGUAAAGGUGACAAUUUCUCUGUUCCACUUGAGAUUCUGUUCAAUUACCUUGGCCAGCUGCAACAGCUGGAGCGCGACGACUCACUUUUCCAGCACUAUGGUGAAGCCUUCAACGCCGAAACAUUCGAGAUGGCAGGUGAUAUGGGCUCAAAGACACACCGGUUUGCUCUGUUCGAAAUCUCGGCGCUCAUCAUCAAAGACAAGCUACAGGUGUCGUUCACCUACAAUAAGCACAUGCAAAAAGAACAGCAGAUUAAGGGCUGGAUCUCUGAGUGCAAACGAGUGCUUCAGCAUAUGUCUCGUUUCGACAGCUUCACCCCUGAGCCAACACUCAGUGACUGUCCCUUGCUCCCCAUCACUUACGAAGCUCUGAACAACAUGGUCAAGAGAACAUUCCCCAAGAUUGGAAUCGAAAAUUGGGGUCAGGUUGAGGAUGUCUAUCCCUGCUCCCCAGUACAAGAAGGUAUUCUUCUCAGUCAGCUCCGAGAUCCGGAGGAAUACCUUUUCCAUGUCAUCUUCGAAGUGCACCAAUCCAAGGGUAGCAAGGUGGAUACAAGCAAACUCCGAAAGGCAUGGUCCAUGGUUGUCAGCAGACACCCUGUCCUACGGUCUGUUUUCAUUGAUAGCAAUUACAAAGGCGGAUCCUUCGACCAGGUAGUGGUCAAGUCACUCGAUGAUGAGGUUAUUGAGUUCCAGUGCCCUGAGUCGGAUGCAAUGGGCACACUCGGAGAAAUAAAGCUGCGCGACAUCAAUGCCGAGAGAUCGAUGAAGCUCGCCCAUCAGCUUACCCUCUGCAAAACAACUUCUGGGCGAGUCCUGUUCAAGAUUGAGAUGAAUCAUGCCAUUAUUGAUGGUGGAUCGGUUGAUCUGAUUCUCAGAGAUCUCGCACUUGCAUACAAUGAUCAACUUUCUGCUGAAACCGGUCCACGUUUCAGUGACUAUGUCAAGUACGUCAGGGAACAAUCCCAGGGAGAAGCUGUGGCACACUGGGCAAAGUAUCUUUCGGGCGUACGACCUUGUCACCUGCUGGUAUCUUCCAAAAAGGGUGGCAGCCACCAACUCGGCGAGCGUAUGAUAUCUUUCAAGCGCUUCUCUGAGUUGCAGAAAUUCUGUGAGGAACACUCUGUUACACUCGCUAAUUUGACCCUCUGUGCCUGGGCAAUUGUACUACAAAAUUGUACAGGAUCCGAUGAUGUCUGUUUCGGAUAUCCCUCUGCUGGCCGUGAUUCCCCUGUUCCUGGAAUCCAGGAUGCAGUCGGUAUCUUCAUCAAUAUGUUGUGCUGCAGAGUCAAGUUUUCUCCUGGCCAGACUCUUCUUGAUAUUGCCAAGAAGGUCCAGGAUGAUUUUGUCAGGAAUGUGCCAUAUCAACAUUCUUCCCUGGCUCAGAUUCAGCAUGAGCUUGGGAUGCAUGGAGAGACGCUCUUCAACUCGACUCUCUCCAUCCAAAAUCGAUCUGCCAACAAGGGCAGUGCAAAGCUGCCGCUCGACUUUGAAGUCAAAAAGGCCCAUGACCCGACUGAAUACCCUGUAACUGUUAACGUGGAGACUACCAAGGGCAGGGAGGGGGUUUUGCUGAGAUACUGGAGCAACGCAGUUACCGAAGCACAAGCGAAGGAGCUAGCGGAGGGUGUUACUAAGGUCUUUACAUGCUUCAUCGAGGAACCAUCCAAGCUGGUUUCAAGCUUGAGCCUCCUCAACAAGCAACCGCGGAACCGUUCGCAACACACUCACAAGGAGCCCAUUAUCUUGGACCAGCUGAUUGACAGCCAAGUCUUGCAGAAGCUGAUUGAUGACCGCGUGAAUGAGAUUAUCAGCCAGAUGCUGAAGGAAGGCAAGCUCGCCAUACCCCUUCCUGAUCAGAAGACUAGAUACUCGAACGUCAAAGUGGUCGAGGCUUCAUACCAGGAGGACCCCAUCCUGGAUGAGAAGGAUCUUGCAAAUUCAACACCGUCCUUGACAGACGAUGGCAGAAGCUCAAGUGACAAUGAUAGGCGUCUUUGGGAUUUGUGGAAGGCUACAUUAGGGCUGUCUUCAGACACUAUCCAAUACCGGAGUAGCUUCUUCAAGCUAGGCGGUGAUAGUAUUACAGCAAUGAAGAUGGUCAGCGCCGCACGAGAAGAGGGCCUGCAAAUGACAGUGGCGGAUGUGUUCAACAACCCGAUCUUUGAGGACAUGCUGGCUACGAUUACUCCGAGCAGCAGUCCGACCUCGAACGCCGAUACUCAAUGCGCAAAUAACAUUGAAAAGCUUCUGGAGGUUGAUGAUGCUGUUCCAGAUGCUACGCCACCACAGGAUAUUUCGGUGCUACGGCCAAUGCAGCUCGACGCCAUGUCUCUGCUUGAUGUCAUCUGCCCUAAGAUAGGGGUGUUCAAAGGAGGUAUUGCUGAUGUUCUCCCUGUAACGGACUUCCAGUCCAUGUCGAUCGCUGCAACGCUCUUCGGAUCCAGAUGGAUGCUAAACUAUUUCUUCCUGGAUGGAAGUGGUCCUUUGGACCUCCGCCGUCUGAGAGAAAGCUUCUUGAGAGUGGUCGAUGCUUUUGAUAUUCUUCGUACUGUUUUCGUCUGCCACCGCGGACAAUUCUUCCAGGUGGUGUUGAGAAAGAUCCGACCGGAUAUUUUCGUGCAUGAGACGGAGCAGAGUCUGGACGAGUACACCAACAGCUUACAAAAACGGGACCGCGAACAAGAUCCACGCCAAGGAGAGCAGUAUGUGCAGUUCUACGUUGUCAAGAAAAAGAAGAGCGACCAGCACCGCAUCUUGAUCAGAAUGUCACACGCUCAAUUUGACGGCGUUUGUCUGCCAAAAAUCAUGAACGCAAUCAAGCUGGGAUACGAGGGCAGCACCCUACCUCCAGUCUUCUCCUUUUCGAACUAUAUGCGGAUGCUUCCUGGAAACAUCACUCCGGCCCACUAUCACCACUGGUCAACGAUCCUCAAGGGCUCUAAGAUGACGGAUAUCAUUCGACGCACGCAGCCUAAUACCUUUAUGCAUAUUGGUGCAUUCGCGGAGCAGAAGAAGACCAUCAUGAUCCCCUCCACCGCUAUAGGGAACGUCACCCUCGCAACCGUUAUGCAGUCCGCAUGGGCAGUAACUUUGGCGAAGCUGACUGCCCAGUCUGACGUGGUCUUCGGGCUUACUGUCAACGGCCGUAAUGCCAGUGUCCCUGGUAUUGAGACCACUGUUGGGCCCUGUCUCAACAUUCUUCCCAUCAGGGUGAAAUUCAGGGAGCAUUGGACUGGCCUUGACCUGUUCCGUUAUCUUCAAGACCAACAGAUUGCCAAUAUGCCCUAUGAGUCACUAGGAUUCAGAGAGAUUAUCCGAAACUGCACCGACUGGCCCGACUCUACAUACUUCACCACCUCCGUAUUCCAUCAGAAUGUCGAGUAUGAAGGACAGAUGCAACUGGACGGCAAUUCCUACCGGAUGGGAGGCGUUGGUGUUCUGGACAACUUCACCGACCUCACGCUGGCUUCCAAGUCCUGUGGCCAAGAGAAGCUCGACGUCUCAAUCGGAUACUCGCUCAAGGGACCUAUCCCAGCAACCUUCAUUGCUAAAGCUCUGAACAUGGUUUGCGAGACUGUACAGAGUCUGAUUGCCAACCCCAGCGUCCCACUUGCCUCUCCUGCCACCAUCCGCUCCCUUCCGAGCCAGGUCAUUCGUGAAGCACCCAGAGCGUCUGAUACACCCUUCCUCUCGUCCAACCUGAACAGUCAGAAGAUGUCGGAGAUUGUAAUUCACUCAGAUAUCCUUACCCGGUCCUGGCAGCAGGUGCUACCCCGUCGGACUGACAACCCACAAUACCAACUCGACGCAUCUUUCUUCGAUCUCGGCGGAGACAUCAUGAAUGUGGCCCAACUGGUCUGGAUUCUGGGAGAAGAAGGUUUUAGUGUCCGCUUGGAAGACCUUCUCGAGCACCAUACGUUCCUAGGAAUGAUGGCCGUGAUGGCAAUGCACCACAAGCCGGAAUUGAAUGGCAGCAUGGCAGCAACCAUGGCUGAAGAAUCAACCAAAGACAUGAAAUUGACCAUGACAAAGAGCAACAGCUGGAGCUCAUUGGGCAAGGCGAUGACGCUUGCCAAGAGAUUUACUAGAUGGGGGGCUGUAGCAGCCAAGAAGUGA